AUGCAGUGCGGGCUGCUGCCCCCACCAGGGAUGCGCCUCCAGCUGCGGAAGCAAUGCCUGUGCCUCAGUUUCUUGCUCCUCCUUCUCCUGCACAAGGUAGUUCCAGAUCAGAGCUGCCCAACUCCGUGCCCAGGCGGAUGCCCAGCCCAGCCUCCCGCCUGCGCCCCUGGAGUGCCGGCUGUGCUGGACAGAUGCUCCUGCUGUCUGGUGUGCGCCCGCCAGCGCGGAGAGAGCUGCUCAGAGCUGCUACCCUGCCAGGAAAGCAGCGGCCUCUACUGUGACCGCAGUGCCGACCCGAGGGCUGAAGUUGGCAUCUGCAUGGUUCUAGAAGAAGACAACUGUGUGUUCGAUGGCAUAAUUUACCGAAGUGGUGAGACCUUUCAGCCGAGCUGUAAAUAUCAGUGCACCUGCAGAGAUGGGCAAAUAGGAUGUGUUCCCCGCUGCAACCAUGACCUGCUCCUUCCUCGUCCAGACUGUCCUUUCCCAAGGAAAGUGGAAGUUCCAGGAGAAUGCUGUGAGCAGUGGGUUUGUGACCCAAAGGAAGAGGUGACUUUGGGAGGCCUCGCUCUAGCAGUCUAUGGGGUGGCUCUUAAAAGAUCAGGAGACAAGGAGGAGAUUUGUAAAAUGAAUGAAGAUACUAAAGGAAAAAGGUGUCUCCGCACUAAAAAGUCUCUCAAGGCCAUCCACUUACAGUAUAAGAACUGCACUAGCGCCCAGACCUAUAAGCCCAGGUACUGCGGCAUCUGUACUGACGGCCGCUGCUGCACCCCACACAAUACCAAAACCAUCCAGGUGGCAUUCCAGUGUCCCCAAGGACAAAUUGUCAAGAAGCCUAUGAUGCUCAUCAAUACCUGUGCCUGUCACACCAACUGUCCCCAGAGCAAUGAUGCCUUCCACCAAGCGUUAGAAUCCAAGCCUAGAAGAAUGAAGAUAUAAACUGUGUGCGAUGGGCAACAUGCUGACGGAGAAAAUUUGGGCUUAAGCCAAAACAUGACCCAUUCAUCUGAAUGUAAGAUAAAUGGGUUAAAGAUCGGUGGCUUUGUCCCACCUCCGCGUGUAUGUAGCAUGUUCUCUGGCAUUACUUAUAGCUAGCAAGCUUAUUUUGUGUUACCUGAAAGGAAAGAGAGAUUUAGUAAAUAAAGCAAGGAGAACAAGUGGAAGAAAGGUAAGUAAAAGAUAGGUUAAUUUUCUAUGAUUCUGUUUACACAAAUUAAAGACAUUAUCAUUAUAAUAAACAGCUCUGUAUUUUUUAAUAUGCUGUACACAUUGCAUGAUAGCAUCUUUUUGCUUAUAAGUAGAGUGGUAGGUGCUCCUCUCCUGAUGUCUCCGAUAAUAAGAUUAUCCCAGAAUCACACCAACCACACUGCUGUAGAACGACGUUAUUGUAGAGUCACAUUUUGACUUAAGGGUGCUCUGCCGUUGACGCAUCUCCUUCCAAAUUUGGGGAGCAUUCCAUAAAAACAAGGAUCUAAGCUAGCAUGGGAGAUAGCUCUGAGUCUGAGUGUUUAAAGUCAGGAUAGAGAUAAUGCAAGCAUUUUGAUGUGUAUUGCACAAAAAGAGAAAUGUAGUGUUUACACUCAUAAAUCAUGUAGCAGGUCUCCUAGGGGAGUGACCUAUCUAAAAGUAAGUUGGUCUGGGGCUGGCUUUACAGGUCAGAAUAAGCCUAUUGCAUUACAGCAAAGAGGGAAAAGUGACCAUUCGGCAGGAGCGAGCCCUCUCCACAGAAGCCAGUGUCCCCUUCAAAGAGUGUCCAGUUCUUUCCUCCUUUUGAUUCUCUUUGCCACUCUGAAGCGCUCUUUAGCAGAUUAUGUCAUUUUCAUGUGCUCUUAGAGCCGAAUUCCAAGCAUGAGAAUAAGCAAUUCCUAGCACGGUGUUUGUUAUAUGCCACCAAAAUGGCACACGAUCCCAGAUCUGGGAUGAAAGUAGCUACUAUGGCUUAUUAAACUCUGUAUGACUCACAAUAAAACACCCUACAAAUAAGACACACUCACUUUUGUAUCCCUGUUAGUCUGCAAGAUAAGCUACACCAUUAAAUCUGUAAAUUCUUUUCAUUUUGUGCAUUAACUUGUUUUAUUGUUAUGUUAACAAAACAUGAAUGUAAAUACAGAAAUUGUAUAUUUUGUAAAAUAUCCUUUUUUUUAUUUUUCUGUACUUGUCAGACAUACUGAAUAAACAAGUUUUGA